GCUGAUAUUUUCGGUUGUAUCUCUGAAUUUGGACUCAGUUUAGAACAGUUCUAAAUCGACAAAGCGUGAGUGAAUGAGUGAGCCCGAGCAUCAAGAGAGCAGCAAGACCAGUAUGACCCGCUGGCUGGAGGUCCGCGGCAAAGUACAGAGAGUGAUGUUCCGCCAGACAGUGAUCCGUGCUAUGCAGAAGCGCGGGUUGGAGGGUGGCGCCUCCAACGACCGUCAGGAUAGGAACCUGGUUCGAAUGACGCUGCGUGGAGACUCGGAGAGCGUGGAAGAGCUGGUGGCUGCUCUACGCGAGGGCAAACCCAUUAACGAUUGGGGUGCCACAGCCACGAGCGUCGAGGACGUGGACGAAGAGCGCGGCCUGGCAAUCGAGGCCCAUCAAGUAACCACGACUACCGUCGACAACCGUCAGUGGAACCCCAACGUCACCAUGUUCCUCUAGAAGGAGAGAGCAUACGCAUAAAUACAGCAAAGAAAGAAGAAAGACAAACUAGUCUAUUACACAACAGGAAACCCAGCAGAGUCUGUCACUAAAGCUCCGUUGUCUUAAUCGUCGUCACUAUCGUCGGCGUUGGUCUGACCGCCACCCAGCAUCCCCGCAAGCAGUGACGAUGGGUCUGUAGCUCCCAUUUCCUCUUGUGCCUUUUUCAUCUCUUCCGGGUCUGUACAAACAAAAAGACAUCAGUUUCUGAACUCGAUCUAAUAUAUGUCCAUUGGCAUUCAAACUUACC